CUCAAGAUGAGGUGUAUGCAUUGAGAUAACAUUUUUGGAGAUUGGUUGUAGCGCCUGUGGGUGGAAGUGUCAAUGUUUUUGAGCUGUUAGUGCAGAUAGUGCUUAUUGCGUGCUGGUGUUAUUGAUAACUUGGAACAUGUAUACAACUAUAGACACUGUCACAUCCAGGAAGGAUAAGGAGGAUGUAGAUGUUAAAGUCACUGUUAAGUCAAGAACUAGAGUGUCAGCCUGGGGGAAGAAGAAUGGGACAAAGGUGAGUGGUGUCUUUGAGGACACCACUGGCAAGAUAGACUUUGUUGGAUGGGAUGGUGUAACGAAAUAUAUGGAUGCUAAUUUAUUUGAGGGGAAGACAGUGGUUAUACGUAAGGUUAGAAUCAAGGCUUGCCAGACUAGCUACACCAGGACAAGAAAAGAUGUCCAGCUGUUAUUCACCAAUCAAACAACAGUUGAACCUACAGAGGAAGGCGUGCUGAAGUGUCCUGUUGUGAUAACCCCAUUAUGUGAUUUGGCUGGUCUAGAUUAGGACAGAUUGGUCAAUGUUGCUGGCCUCAUUGUUGAUGCUGGCGAGAUAACGAAAUUUAAUGGUGCUGAGAGACUGACAAUAACAAUAAGGGAUGUUGAUACAAGUGUGUCAUGUACAUUUUGGAGGGCAUCUGCUAUCAGUUUU